AUGGUGAGGAACGACCUCUUCAUUAACAUUCCGAGCUUUUUCAAGUGUCCCAUUUCUUUGGACGUGAUGAAGUCUCCGGUGAGCCUCUGCACCGGUGUCACAUACGAUCGCUCCAGCAUACAGACAUGGCUCGAUAACGGCAACAACACCUGUCCUGCCACUAUGCAGAUUCUCCCCUCCAAGGACUUUGUCCCCAACCACACCCUCCAACGUCUCAUCCAGGUCUGGGCCCAAUCCUCCGCUGUCCCGUCGCCGGUGGUAUCGUCGCGGCAGGUUGGGGCUUGGGUCGCCGACAUUGAGAACCGCCGAUUUGGUGCUCUACCGAAGAUUUUGGAUUACGCGUCUAGUUCUGAUGAGAACAGGAGGUUUGUUGCGAGUUUGGAUGGCUUUGUGCCGGUGGUGGCCGGCGUUCUGGGCAAUGCCGGCGCUGGAAUUGAGAUUUUGGAAUUGGUUGUUCGGAUUUUGGAUUUGGUUAUGGUGGAAAAGGGAGUCAAAGAACAAAUACAGGGAUUGAUCUUGAAAAGCAACCGCGAUCACUUGUCGGCCAUCCUUUUGAUUCUAGAAAAAGGCAGUUCGGAUUCAAAAAUCGCAUCGGCCAGGAUUCUGGAGGCAAUCGCAAUUGACCCCGAAUCAAAACGCUCAAUCUCCGAAAGAGAAGGUCUACUGUCCGUACUGUUGCAGUUACUGAGUUCCCAGACCGAUUCAAGUUCUCUCGACUCGGUCCUAUCGUGCCUAAUCGCCAUAACCGUGACUCGCCAGACUAAAACUCAACUCGUCCGAUCAGGACUCGUCCAAACCCUGGCCAAAACGCUCUCCACAUCCAAUUACCCGAUUUCCACCACCGAGAAGUCCAUAAAACUCCUCUUAACGAUCUCCAACUGCCGAGACGGCCACCAAGCAAUUUGCGAGGAUCCGAUCUGCGUGGCCGCGGUGGUGCAGAGAAUGUCGAUGAAACUAUCGAGCUCUGCGGUGGAGGACGCGGUGACGGUACUGUGGAGCGUGUGCUAUCUCAACCGAGACUCGAAGGCUCAGGAGGCGGUGGCGAAAAGCACUGGGUUGACUAAGAUUCUGCUGUUGAUGCAGACAAAUUGUUCGGCUAAUGUUCGGAGAAUGUGCUGCGAUUUAGUGAAGAUUUUCAGAGUGAACUCCAAGUCGUGUUUGGCGAGCUAUGAUACCAAAACUACUCAUAUCACGCCUUAUUAG